AUGGUAGGUGAUUCAAAUCUGUACGAUAUAUUUGGUUCUAAUAAUUCGCCCCAUGAGAGAAAUCCCAAGGAAACAAAGAUAAAUACCAAGCAAGCCUCCUUAUCGGCGAUGAACGCCACGACCUUCGAUUCGAUGUUAGAAAUUUUACCUGACAGUGUAGACUUUUCCCUGUUUCCGACAAUAUCCAAUACAAACUCGCAUGACUCCAUGGUGGAAAGUCCCAAAUCUGCCUCAGUAUUUCCUCAUCUCCUGAAUAAAGAUAAGGAUAAUGUUCACUCGCAACUACAGACGAGUUUUGAAACUAUGUUUGAACACUCAUCGAACCCAACGACCGCUACUACAAAUGAAAAUGCUGUCGGCACAAAUAGCAAAAGUCAUAAUCAGGAAAAUGGAAGUGCACAUCCCAUAGAUAUCGCAAAUCAACAAAACGGUGAAAUUGCACAAUUAUGGGAUUUUAACGUUGAAGAAUUUAUGAUGACCCCAAACAGUUCAAACGGAUCAGCUACGAUUACAGCGCCAAACAGUUUUAAUUCAGAAAUGCAAUUUACUGCGGGUAGCGCACCAGGGGUCAGCCUCUUCUCAUCUAUUGGAAACGGAAACCAAUUCGGAAUUUCGAUGAACAACAACGUUAAUAAUAAUAAUAACAAUAACAAUAACAAUAACAAUAAUAAUAAUAGUAAUAAUAAUAAUAAUAACAAUAAUUACCAUCAGUUAUUAGGUAUGGAGAUACCGCACGCUCCAAAUGGGUCUUUUUAUAACCAGUCAGCAUCGUCAUCACCAAGGAACUCAUCACAAACCACCUUGAAACGGGAAGAUUCCACAGGUUUGCAUAGGCCUUCAUUAAAUGGUAGGCGAUCCUCUUCACAGCUAAAUAAGAUUCUGCACAACGAAAAUGGAGCAAUCAGCUCAGCUGGAAAUUCUGUGAGAAAAAAUUCUACGGCGAAGCAAAUUUCGUCUACUUCUUUAUCCAAUUACAAACGCGGUUCGUCUACUUCUUCAUCCGAUUUACCCAAGAAACCACCAUUACAGUGUACCAAUUGUAAAACAUUGAAAACACCACUUUGGAGAAGGGAUUCUCAUGGAAACACCCUUUGUAAUGCCUGCGGUCUUUUUCAAAAACUUCAUGGUACAAUGAGGCCCUUGUCAUUAAAAUCAGAUGUUAUAAAGAAGAGAAAUAAUAAAAAAAGAGCUAAGAAAACUCAAGCACAGUCUGAGGGAAACAGUGCUAGUGAUGCCUCAAAUACGAAUUCUAAUACUAAUCAGAAUGUGAAUGGUAACUCGAGAGUAUCAGCAUCAAAAAACGGUCGUCCAAAGAAAAAUUCCGCUGUGCAGGAUAUCAAAGUCAGCACGUCAUAUGAGAACGAAGGGGAUGGAAUGAGUUAUAGUGCUACAAUAGGCUCCAAUGGUAAAAAACAAGGUAAUGAAUCCGUUUUAAAUAAUGGUUUUGGUGGUCAAUCUCUUCAGGAAAGUCUGAAUCCAAACAAUUUGAUGACCCAUAAUCAUAGGAUGGCUCCUUCUGUGUCGUCUACCACAAAAAAAUCAAGAAGAGGUAGCACAUCAUCGAACAACUCGAGCUCUAGUAGAUCAUCCUCAAGAUCGGUAGUUCCAAUACUGCCGAAACCUUCACCAAAUACCAACAACCAAUCACAGUUCAGUCUUAACUUAGUUACCUCCAAUAGCUCUGCUAAUAGCGCCUCGUCAUCUCCAAGAGUUAUUGGAAGUAGUUUUAAUCCUUCCAGUCCGAUGACUUCACAGCCUAGCAUGUUUUCUAGUUCAACAGGUAGACCAGGUAUUACAAUUCCAAGACGUAAAUCAUCCCGGAACCAUUCUUCAUCGUCCUCAUUCAUGGCAGCAUCGCUGCAGCAGUUACAAAAUCAAAAUCAGCAAUCAAGCAUUAGUAAUCAAAAUACAAGCGUUUCCAACGGUUGGAGUCAAAAUUCUGCUGCCGCAUCACCAAAAACGAUGCGAUCACCAAAGGCUGAUUUUGAGCUAUUCAAUAGUCCCAAUGAAGCUCCUAGUGCAUCAAAUUCAAAAAGGGCACAUACCUCUUUACUUUCACAGCAACUGCAGAACUCUGGGCAGCAGAGUGAUCAUAAUUCGGUGGAAAUAUCUUCUGAAAGCAAGCAUACGCUUAAUAUAAACACUUUUCAUCUACAGCAAAAUUUAACAGCAUCCUUAAGAAAAGCAUCUGUUACCGCAUCACCCCGGAAUAGCUAUGUUGAUUCAUUGUUGCAGCAUCGGGGAAUAAACAAAGAUGAUGCCAGCCUGACUUUGAGAAGGCAAUCAUCUUUUGGACCAAAGAGAACCAUCUCUUUUCGUGAACAGACCGUCGUUUCAACACCUGAAAUGUCGUUGAACGGUAACGGUAUGUCUACCACUCCAGUUGGGCUUGAAAAUAAUACGUAUGAGGCAACCAACAACUCAAGUUCUUCGCAGACUAAUAUAGCUGAUGAGUUAGAUUGGUUAAAAUUUGGUAUGUAG